AUGGUCAAAUUUCAUCAUGGUCAUCCGGCGCCGGAAGUGGCCAACAGCCUAAUCGGCCUUCUCAUCCAUCCGGUCACUCGGGUGCUUGGCCGUUGUCGAACUACCACCACCAGCACCAGUCACAUCACCACCACCAUAGUUACCCUCCUGGGCCUGGCCCUCAUCAUCAUCCAUCAGCUACUAGCCUUGGUGGCACCUCGACACCAUGCGGAGGCGGAAGUGGCCAGCGUUUUCCAAAGGCAUCUUGUCCUACAGGGCACCAGGGUCCGCCUAGCGGACUGUCAAGUGGUGUAA